CAACAACAUGCUUGUUAAUUAACGUUGGAGACGAGGGAAAUUUUGCCUAUAAAAAGAUGAACGGCAGACUCGAAUGCAGUAUACAAAACGAUCACAGCAGCAAGACGAACAACCUCGCCACAUCACUCUUCCACCAUGACCUCUCACCAAUCCAACCGCAAGACCGUACUAGUGACUGGUGCCAAUGGCUACAUUGGCUUUUCCGUCAGCAGAGCCUUUGUACGCGCCGGCUAUCGGGUUUUUGGACUCGUGCGGCGAGUCGAAGCCACCAUUGACCUGCAGGUCAACGAGAUCACGCCUGUCGUUGGCACCCUGGAUGACUUGGCCUGGGUGCCCAAUCUCUUCGAGAAGAGCAACACGUUCAAUGUCCUCGUCAACUGUCUCGAAUCCUAUCCCGACUACGAAAUGGUCUACCAGAAGCUCAUCACCCUUUUCCGCCAAGUCGCUAUGAAAAGCAACGAGAAUGGAGUCCGCCCCCUGCUGAUGUGGUCAUCAGGUUGUAAAGACUAUGGGAUGGACGGCGCUUUUCACGGUGAUCCUAACUUUGUGGCGCAGACUGAGGAGAGCCCCAUCGACGGGACGGCUGGAGCAAUGCGUUCGCGUGCCGAGACGUCCCUCCGGGUUUUCGAUCACCCAGAGGUCUUUGACGGCAUUGUCCUUCGCCCGACUUGUGUCUACGGCUACUCGAGCAGCUACUACGGCGCCCUGCUGGAUUACGCUUCAGAGCAGGCCGACAAAGGUGAACCAGCUCUGCGCAUCCCCGUCGACCCCAGGACACCGAUGCACGCGUGCCACGUCGACGACUGUGCCGAAGCCUACAUCUCGCUUGCUGAGCAUGCGCCCCGCACUGCUGUCGCCAAUCAGGUGUACAACAUCUCAGCCCACCGCUAUGAGACGGUAGGGGAGAUUGGCGGUGCACUGGCUGCUGCGUACGGCUUUCCAGAUGGCGCGACGUUCCCCCAAGAUGGGGGCGACUGGUUCCCGUCUCGGCUGUACGUCAUGUUCAACUUCCCCCAGUGGGUGGGCAGCGACAAGAUUCGAAAGGUCACGGGCUGGACGGACAAGAGGGCGCUCUUCCAGGAGGAUAUUGGUGUCUUUAGGGCGGCGUAUGAGGCUGAGAAGGCUCGGGGCCAUGAGAACAUUGCAAAGUCGUCGCAGCGAUUGCACGGAAUCGGCAGCCUGGUCCAGCCUCAGUGAUCAGGUUCCAUGUUGCUUGAUUCCCUGGGCGAUGCCAAGUUACUAUUCAUGAAUCAUGCAGUCCUGUUUUAGUAACUGCUAUCGACACGAAGGGUAUUGGCGUUUCCUGCGGCACGUACCGAAUGAUCCAUAAGCACGUUUUUCCCCAUUGGGGUGAAUAUUUGCAAGAUAGCCAAUCACGAGAUUAGGAUUGAUUCUGACCAGGUUCAACUCGCGCUGACAGAAUGCGCCACUCAUCAAUUAUUUUAAGCAUCAGAUGUGGUCAGCCGCUUUCGCUCUGCACUUACUUGCACAUUGCCGGACUAGAAGCGAGGCGGUGCUGCUGAUGCUCAGAUCAGAGUUGGUGAGAUUCUGCCAAGUUCGGAAGGCCUCAUGUCCGGGGGCUGUGUGAGCGUCUGCCGUGUCAGAACUUCUUCAGGUCGACA